AUGUCGCCCCCGGAUAAGAAGAGAAAGACCUCGAGUACUACGAGGAAGGAACCAUCGCUUAAGAAGCAUAACAAGAAGCCGUCUCUGGUGCUCCCGCCGACGACGCAAUCGGCCAUCACAAACCCGUCGCUUCCUGAUGAUGUUCUAGUGAGUUGCUUAGCCCUUGUCUCGAGAGUGUACUACCCGAGUCUCUCACUCGUCUCCAAGAGCUUUCGAUCUCUCCUUGCUUCACCGGAGCUUUACAAGACCCGGUCCUCCAUAGGCCACGCCGAGAGCUGUCUUUAUGUGUGUUUACGGUUCCAUCCUGACCCUAACCCUCGCUGGUUCACCCUCUGCAUGAAACCUGAUCGCGUCCUAACCAAGGACAACAUCAAGAAGAAGAAGCAGAAGAAGAAGAAGUCAAGUGGGUAUGUUUUGGCUAAAAUCCCAGCUUCCCAUUCUCCUCCUGCGCGUUCGUCGGGUCUCGUGACAAUUGGUUCGGAUAUCUAUAACAUUGGCGGAGACAUGAACCAUGAGCCAUCGUCUAGCGUCUCGAUCCUGGACUGCCGGACACACACGUGGCGCGAGGGUCCAAGCAUGCUCGUGAAACGGAUAUACACACACGCCAAUGUCCUUGACGGAAAGAUAUAUGUUGCAGGGUACGGCAAAGCCAAAGAGUCUAGUUCCUCGGACUUGAUGGAGGUUUUCGAUCCAAAAACACAAACUUGGGAGCUUGUGUCGAGGUGCAGUGGCGGGGAGUUGGGUGACAUUAGUUAUAUACACAGUAGCGCAGCGAUUGAUAGAAAAGUAUACAUUUUUGCAGGUUCUAAUGAUUUGGCUUACGAACCGAGGGAAUGUAGAUGGGAGAGGGUGGGAACGAAGAUGACUUGUGUAUGGUCUUCUAACUGCGUGAUUGAGAAUGUACUUUACCAGCAGAAUGAUGGCAAGUUCGAAUGGUAUGACACUAAUGCACGUCUCUGGAGAACUUUGAAGGGUGUGGUAGGGCUGCCUAAGUUUGCCCGUUCUACUGCUAGAUUGGCAGAUUACGGUGGAAGGAUGGCCGUUUUGUGGGACAAGGUCGUGGCUUCCCCUGGAGAUACGAAAAAAGUGAUUUGGUGCGCGGUGAUUGCCCUUGAGAGGCGCAACAGUGAUGAGAUUUGGGGCAAGGUCCAGUGGCGUGACGUAGUGCUUACGGUUCCCACGUCAUGUGAUGUGCAAUAUGCUCUUGCUGCUACCGUUUGUUGA